GAUUCUGUGACCGAAGACUGAGUGUGGGUGCAGCGACGCAGCCUGAUCGAAGUCUCAAUGUGCCACCAGAACGACCUUCCUGCCGCCUCAUUAUUGCCAAGCUACGCAGUUACGUUCCCCGCACCAAGUAUUAUGACGAGCAUCUUGAUAAAUGUGCAAUCGCCCCAACACUUGAGCUGCUCUAGGAAGCUCAACGUCAACUAAGGAAAAACAAUUCACUCACAAUCAGGUGCCGCGACACAACUCUUGGAAGCAUAAUGACGGACGAGGCCUGGGAUGGACUCCCUCAUUGGGAGCAAGAGCCAGAAGUUCCAGAAGAAUUUGUUACUUACCUGGAUGAAAACGUGCAGGCUGCACUUCCCAAAGGUUCGGAAUUCCUCGAGAUCAGCUCCCACGGGGCAAGCUUUUGGACGAGGACAGCCCGCGUGGUGAUGGAGGAGGAUGAGCAAAUGACAUCGUAUUUCCUCAAGGUCUCGAUCGGCGAAGUAGGGAAAGGCAUGGUCAACGGAGAAUUCGUCUCCAUGAGCGCCUUGCACUCGACGCUCCCGGAACUCGCACCGAAGCCGAUUUCUUGGGGCACGUACAAGUCCAACGACAACAUACAUUUUUUCUUGUGCGACUUUCACGAGAUGGAUGACCAGCUGUGCUCUCUCGAGACUUUCCCCAAGCUUGUUGCCGAGCUUCAUACCAAGGGUAUUUCCCCAAACGGGAAAUUUGGAUUUCCCAUUACGACAUACCAGGGUCGUCUACCACAGGACACGACGUGGUGCGAUACCUGGGAGGAGUGCUUCACAAGAAACAUUAACAUCAUGUUCGAACAUGAGCUCGCGUCACAAGGCUUAGAUGAGGAAUUCGCUGCCCUUAGGGAAAAGGUCAUGUCCCAAGUCGUUCCGCGACUCUUGCGACCCAUGGAAUUUGGUGAGAGGAAGAUCCUCCCUCGCUUAGUCCAUGGCGACCUAUGGGAAGGCAACACCGGGACAGAUCUGGAGACAGGCCUGCCGAAAAUAUUCGAUGCAUGCUGCCUGUAUGCUCAUAACGAAUACGAGAUGUCACCGUGGCGACCUGUGAGGCAGAAGAUGGGAAAGCCGUACGUCAAGGCCUAUCUUAACCAUUUCACUGUCUCAGCCCCUGCUGAAGAUUUUGAUGGGCGCAACAUGCUCUAUGCCCUCCGUUUCAAUGUCUGUUCUUCCGCAUUGUAUCCCGGAAAUACCAACUAUCGGGAAUUAGUUCGAGGCGAGAUGAAGGAGUUGGUUGAACGAUUUGGCGAAGGAUUUGAGGGGUGGCUUCGGAAGCAAAAUGCAACGGCUGCCAAUAUAAACACGGAGGCCACAGAGGGCAUUUUUGGAACGGGCCAGAUUGAAGAACGAGAAGCCACGCAAUCGGCGUCGUCGAUUCCAGCAACUCAAGAAGUCGCAGCAGCAGGUAUCCGGGAAUGACGCAGGCUGCGUUGCUUUGAGGCUGAGGAGGGCCAUGGCUGUUGUCAUGUAUCCCUGCAUAAGGUAGUGAAUGUUGCGUCUAAAUUGGACUUGGCUUGGGGAAUUGAGACCUCACUUUCUAUUAAAAGCAAUAUCUUCUAUUCAAUCACUCCUAGCUGCGGAGGGCCAUAAUUCAGAUGUGUUCCGACCC